AUGAAGUUCAAAGAAGAAGCCAACAUGAGAACAGCUGGCCUUGAGCUGGAACAGGGGACAGGUUGGAACUUCUCUCCCAGAUUGAGUUCUGUUCAUUGUGCAGAUGAUCCUUUUCACAGGAGCAUAUUCCAAAGAGGCUUACUCUUUUUCUACGAGAUGCUGGGAAGGCACCAAGGAAUGGGAAGAGAAUUGAGGCUGUUUGACCCUGGAGCAAUGCAAGAAAGAUACAGGUAUGGUAAUUCAAAGCCAUCGGCCUAUGAACACAUUUUUCUUCAAGACAUAACUGGAAAAUGGACAAUUGUAGCAGCUGCUUCUGCUGCAAAUUUAAGCACAGUGCUCAGCUGUGAAAGAAUAGAAGCUCUGUACCAAGGUUGGUCUGAUGAUUAUUCAAAGGAUUAA